GAGAGAUGUCGCUGCUGCAGUCACUGCGCCUCUGCCUGGUCACACGGACCGGAAGCUGCCAGGCGGCGCCCCUUCUUCAGCCGCCCCAGCCAUGGCACACGUUUCACGCUGGCCCCUGGCUGGCUUCCUCGUCUUCCAGCAAGGAGCUCCUCAUGAAGCUGCGGCGGAAAACCGGCUACUCCUUUGUGAACUGCAAGAAAGCUCUGGAGACUUGUGGCGGGGAUCUCAAAGAGGCAGAGAGUUGGCUCCACAAGCAGGCCCAGAAGGAGGGCUGGAGCAAAGCUGCCAAACUCCAUGGGAGGAAGACUAAAGAAGGCUUGAUUGGGCUGCUGCAGGAAGGAAAUACAACUGUGUUAGUAGAGGUAAAUUGUGAGACAGAUUUUGUUUCCAAAAAUUCAAAAUUUCAACAAUUGGUUCAGCAAGUAGCCAUUGGAACUUUGUUGCAUUGUCAGAACUUGAAGGAUCAACUUUCCACAUACAGUAAAGGCUUUCUGAAUUCCUCUGAGCUCUCGGAACUUCAAGCUGGGCCUAACACAGAAAGCUUUCUCAAAGAUCAGUUGGCCCUAGCAAUUGGGAACCUGGGAGAAAACAUGAUUCUUAAAAGAGCCGCAUGGGUGAAGGUGCCAUCUGGGUUCUACGUCGGUUCUUAUGUCCAUGGAGUGGUGCACAGUCCUUCACUCCACAACCUGGUGUUGGGCAAGUAUGGGGCUCUGGUUGUCUGUGAGGCAUCUGAGUGGAAAGCAAACCUCCAAGACCUUGGCCGCCGCCUUGGGCAGCAUGUGGUGGGCAUGGCCCCUCUCUCUGUUGGCUCCUUGGACGAUGAGCCUGGGGGAGAGGCAGAAACCAAGAUGCUCGCCCAGCCAUACUUGCUAGAUCCUUCUAUCACAUUGGGACAGUAUGUGCAGCCUCAAGGUGUGUCUGUAGUGGACUUUGUGAGGUUUGAAUGUGGUGAAGGUGAAGAGGCGGCAGAGGCUGAAUAGAUUUCAGAGACUUUUGGCCCAGGAAGAAAUAUUUAUUCUUAGUUCUGGACAUUAUUACAAAAAGAAGUUAUUUCCUACGCCUCUU